AUGCGGGAGGUCUCCCUGCUGCGGAUGCUGUCGCAGGACCCACACGUGGUGCGCCUGCUGCACCUCAAGCAGGGCUUCAACAAGGAGGGGCAGACCAUCUUCUACCUCGUCUUCGAGUACAUGGACACCGACCUAAAGAAGUUCAUUCGCGGACACCGCAGCAACCGCGAGAAGAUCCCCGCGGCCACCGUGAAGAUCCUCAUGUACCAGCUUUGCAAGGGCGUGGCCUUCGUCCACGGCCGCGGGGUGCUGCACCGGGAUCUCAAGCCGCGCAACCUGCUCAUGGACUGCAAGACCAUGGCACUCAAGAUCGCCGACCUUAGCCUCAGCCGCGCCAUCAUCUUCCGCUUGCCGGGCCAGACGUGCACCCACGAGGUCGGUCUCGAGCCGCAUGGAUGGUACAGGACCCCCGAGAUUCUCCUGGGCGCCACGCACUACUACAUGCCGGCUGACAUAUGGUCUGUUGGCUGCAUUUUUGCUGAACUGGUCACUAGCCAGCCACUUUUCGCUGGUGGCUCGGCCUUCCAGCAGCUGCUACACAUCUUCAAGUUGCUGGGCACCCCAAAUGAGCAGGUGUGGCCAGGCGUUGGCAAGCUGCCCAAUUGGCACGAGUACCCUCAGUGGAAACCGACAAAGCUGCCCACUCUUGUGCCUGGUCUCAACGAUGAUGGCUACGAUCUGCUUGAGCAUCUAGCCUAUAAGAGAAAAUUGCAUGCAGUGGUGGCUGAGAAGAACUUGUGUUAUAGUAUAUUUGUAGGGGGAUUUCAUGUUCUUACUUGUGUUGGUCUGUUGCAAAAAAUGCUGGAAUACGAGCCGGAGAAGCGGAUCACUACACAUAAGGCCCUGGAGCACCCCUACUUCAACGAUGUGAUCAGUGGCGGAGCUCACACAGUCAAUCCACGGUGGGACCAAUUGCUAGACUAUACGAGCAGUUAG